AUGUCUGACGACGUCCCCACCAACACUCCGUGGGUUGCUCCACGCAGGCGCGCGCGUACCGGGUCGCUUGCACCGAGCGCGUCUCUUCCCGAUGUUCGUUCAAUGUCUCUCGCCCCGAGCAGCAACCCAUACAACAGCAAGCGCGCCUCUCUUCCCAGCGCUCUCACCUCGAAUCCUUCUCUGAGCCUUCCUCCUCGUCCCCCGUCCCCUCUCGAACCCAACCACACCGGUUCGAGCACGUCGUCAAUGGCCCAGCUCGCUUAUCUCUGUCCUUCCCCCGUCGAGGCCGCGCCUUCCCUCCCCGCGACGAACAGUAGUCGUCCGCCUUCCCUCCCUCCCAAGCCUGACCACCUUCCCUCCAAGCCGGCCGCUGAUGCCAAUGGAUACGGUGGUUAUGGAUUUGGUGCAAAGCCUCUACCUGAGCUCCCUCCCUCGCACUUGCCCCCCAAGCCAAGCAAGCUGGACACCGUGGAGACUCAGGCUCCGGCUCUCCCUCCCAAGUCGCCCGAUGGGCCCGUCAAGAUCGAGCGCUGGACUCCAGGAUCGACACCCGCCCCGGUACCCAAGGACACCGACCUCAUGCCCCCACCUCCUGUGCCCAGCUCCUCCACUGGAGGCAGCUCUUCGACGCGUUCAAGAGGUUCAAGCAUCUACGACCACAACUCUUCUUCAACGCGGGCGACAUCACUACCCAAGCGCCUCCCAAUCCGACACUAUCUCAAGCGUGGUCGGAGUGAUAGUGAUGAUGAGGACCUCCCCGAAGCGACACCUGUCGACAUUACGCGCGCACGCACCGUUACUGUAGAGGUCAAGCCCCACCCUGAUGGCCCGGUGUCUGUCCUCCCCACGCCGCUGCCCAGUAAGCGAGCCAAGAAGAAGGGCGCAUCGCGUGCCCUCCUCCUUCCUGUCGAGCAGCUGCCUGUCUUCCCUCUCCCGCCUCUUCCCGCGAUCGAGGACCCCGAACUCCUCAAGCAGGUCUUCACCCACUCAAGCCUCUUUGAGUACUCCCGCGGUGUCUUUGAGGAGCCGGAGGACCGCCCAGCCCGUCACUACGAGAAGCUCGAGCACGUUGGCGACUCGAUCCUGGGCAUGAUUGUCACGACAUGGCUUCACGAGCUCAGGCCCAACCUAACCUGUGGCACUGCAACCAAACUCAAGGCCCACCUUGUCUCCAACGCAACACUAUCGCACAUCUCGGGCAUGUACAACUUCCCCCAGCGCCUCAACGGCGACCCUCGCCUCCUCCCUGUUCUCCGUGCCCAGACCGACGUCCGCGCUGCCCUUGUCGAAGCCUACAUUGCAGCGCUCUACUUUUCGUAUCCCGAGGAGACGCGCAUGACUGAAGGCUUUGCUAGUGUCACGGCCUGGCUGCGCGAGAUGUACGAGCCGCUCUACGACUUCUUCUUCAGCUACAUGAAGAACUCCCACAACCAGCACUACUCGGCCAUGGGUACCGGUCCGGAUGGUAUUGUCGAGGCAGCCUCGUCACCCGAGGAGCUCGACAAGUUUGACGAGCAGGCCGAAGGGAUGGGACUCCUUCUCAAGAUGUUUGCGACCCAGCGCGAGCGCGUCGUCGAGUACGACUCUGAGCGCUUCGAGACCAGCGUCGGAAUCCUCUGGAAGCUCACUUGCCUCGUUGACGGCGUGGAGAUGGGCGAUGCCACGCGCGCGUCCAAGUACAAGGCCAAGAAUGCCGCUGCCUGGGAGGCUGCUAAGAAACUUGGUCUCACCGAGGGCACCAUCUAA